CUUAAAGUGCUCAUAAUUCACAAACGUGAUGGCAAAACACUUUGAUCAAUAAAGACACAGAAACAAGAUCACCAUGACAGGACACCAGAGGAGGGGUGUUAAAGGCUCAGUUCACCCAAAUUACUACAAUUCUCCCCUACUGAUACUGGUCUCUAUCCAUGUGUUUUGGUUUUAUUUGCUCAGCUUUUUAAAUGCUCAAAGCACUGAAAGAAAUAGCAAAAUAUUUUUGCAAUAACAGUUUUACUCCACUGCUCCACUUACUGCUUAAUCCACAGAACAUACUUUAAACAGUGUAUACGUUUCUUUUGGAGCUUAUUUUCAAGUAAAUUUUCAAAGCUGUAAUAAAACUGCGUUCAUUCACUACUACUUUAGAAAUACAGAAAUAUAUCUCAUGCCAAACCAUCUGUAUGGCUAGAUAAAUGUUUUAUUUUUUUAUCUAAAUGUUUUUAUUUAUUUAUUUACACGUAAUGUAGGUGGACUGACAACAGUGUUGUUGGAUUUCUUUUCAUCCAACAACAUUAACCCAUUGAUGAGUCAUCACUUGAGAGGGUGACUCAUCUCAAGAGUCACCAUCAAAACUGUCUGCGCUACAAGUUGAGUUGAUCGAACUGUUCCAUUUUCUACAAACCAUAAGAUGCGUUUCUGCAUCUAAAUGACUCAUGUGUAACUGGGUGAGAAAGGUCUGCUGAAGCCUCUUCAGCAUAUCAUCGUCAGCGUCCCCUCUUCAUCCAUCACUCAAAUUGACUUCCUGACUGGCUGCCACAGAUAGGCCUAUUACGCAGCGCUUGGAUGACGCAAACAUCGGCAGAUGAGACAUGGAGCGGAAACUGAAUGAAAGAAAGAAAAAAAAAAAAGUUUGUUUUCCUGUUUGUCUAUCGCGCAGAGCAUCCCAUCCAUCUUGUCAGGCUGCUGGAUGUAUUAAAGAAAGCCCGCCUCUCAGCUCACAGCUGUGCGUGCCAGACGACCUCUAACUACAUCUAGAUUACUGGAAAGCAAAGGGGAUGGGGCUAGAAGAGAAAAUACCCCCUUAUCUUCUGAUACACCGGAUUAAAAAGGACAUGCAUUCCCAAAUCCACAACAGACCGAAGGAAAUAUCGCUAACAAACACCAGCCUGUUGGUGUAUUUGGCGAUGGAAAGCCCGAACUUUACGCACGGAUCUGUUUCCAUAAACGAGACGCUGCGUUCAGGAGUGACAAUGGCUUUGCCGAUGUUUAUGUUUGCUGGGGGCGCCAUUGGGAAUUUAAUUGCAAUAAUCGUUCUUUCAGUAUCAAGACAGGAGAGAAAAUCAUCAGCUUUCUACACGCUGGUUUGCGGUCUGGCGGUGACGGACUUGCUAGGCACCUGUCUGGCCAGUCCGUUCACCAUAGCCAACUACCUGGACCAGCGUGUGCUGGAGGACCGACAUUUCUGCGAGUUUCACUCCUUUUUGUUGCUGUUUUUCGGUUUAACUGGACUGAGCAUCAUAUGCGCCAUGGCAGCAGAGCGGUACCUGGCUAUAUGCUGCCCGUACACUUACCAGCGGUGGGGGGUGAACCGACGCUUCGCGCAAAAGUUCCUUUUCUUCAUUUACAUCAGCCACAUUUUCUUCUGCUGCCUCCCGACGAUGGGCAUGGCGGGGAGCGAGCUGCAGCCGUCCAAAACCUGGUGCUUCAUCGACUGGAGGACACACGAGCCUUUGGCCGCCGCUUACUCCGUCCUGUACGGCGUCGUCAGCCUGCUGCUCAUCAUGGGCACCAUUGUGCUGAACCUAGCAGUGUGCGGAGCGCUGCUCCUGAUGCGGCAGAGGACCGUGCAUCGGCCCGUCGCCAGAGCCAGCGUCCGGGAGAGGUGGAGGGCUCUGUCCUCGGCCGCAGAAACGCAGAUGAUCGCGGUGCUGGUGAUGACCUCUGUGGUGGUUCUGGCCUGUUCAGCCCCGCUAGUGGUCCGUGUGUUUGCCAACCGCUUCCUACUGAAAAAUGACAAAGCUGACCUGGCUGCCAUCCGGAUAGCCUCUGUUAACCCCAUCCUCGACCCCUGGAUCUACAUCCUGCUCAGGAGGUCUCUGUUUCGACGGUUACUCAGUUUAUCCAGACACGGCAGCAGCACUUGCAGUAGUACACCUCCUUCACCACAAAGGAAUCUGUGUUAUCCUGAACUCAUGACGGACAGCCAUGUGUUCACCCAGUUGAUGUGCAACGCAAAUGUCAUCACUCAGCUGCCUGCCACCGUUAAAUUCACUCCGUACGACUCAGAGGGCUUCCGUCAGACGUAAAACAGACUGAAGACAUGUUCGGCAUCUAUGAAUGUUUGCUGCCUACUAAUGCUGCAGGCAACUAGUUGCAGGCCCAGAGACUUUGUUUCAGAGCUGUUGUUCAUGGUAUGGAAAGACUGUGGGCUCACAGCUGCACAGGACCCUCAGAGCCCUUGGAAGAUUAUUUAUUAAAUAAAAGUAGAUGGUUGCUCUGAUUACAUCUAUAUAGAUGUCUCCUGCAGUGACACAGGACAGACGAGAAAAAACUAUCUGGCUCGGAUGGUAUUACCGAAGUGCAAGACUACAGACAUGGCCAAGCCUUCAUUUUGUGCAUUUCACUUUCAUCCAGCCUCUCCUCAUCCAGUCAGUGUUCUGGCUUCCUCCUUAACAUCACACCCAUUUAAAGUUGCACUUUUCCUCAAUCUUUCUCUUGCUCAUCUCUCAUCACCUAAAUCCGAGCUCCUCCUUCCACCAGAUCAGUCCGUCCCCCACGUUACACAAAUUGAUCAGCUACAGGAUUAGUAUCCAGCUCCUGCAGGUGACUUCACUGAGAUUCAGUGUUAAAACAGCAAAAAAAAAAAAAACACAGGGCAUGGACAUCAUAAGAGUCUGUUUGAACUGGACCCACCAUCCUCCCCCAGUUACUCACAUGUCCACUGGAAACUCCUCAGGAGAUCAUUUCGCAUAAGGAGAGAUAUUUAAAACACUGAUAUGAAUUCGAUGAAGCACCGAGGUAAUACUGAUGCCUGUUUGUAUUAAAUAUCCUAGCAUGCGCCUUGGCGUCUUUUGUCUCCUCUUUCAGUUGUGACUGGAACUCAUAUUUAUUGUGCUCUCCCAGUGGUGGAAAGUAACUACUUGUACUUCUGUGCUACUAUAUACUUCUACUUGACUAUGUUUAAGAGGGACCUAUACUGCUUUUAAUGCCAAUAAAUUUAUUUGAGCUUUA